GCACAAAUAAUGAAGGUUGCCAGCCUAGCUGAAUUGUCAACAUGGAGGAUGAUGCGCCGGUCAUUUACGGCCUUGAGUUUCAGGCCAGAGCACUGACUGCCCAGGCUGCUGAAUCUGAGGUCAUUAGAUUUCUGGUUGGGACACAGUCUUUGAAAAAUGAGAACCAGGUUCACUUGCUUGAAUUUGAUGAUGACAACAAUAUCCUCAACAAGAUGGUGUUCCUGCACAAGGACGGCGAAAUAUGGCACAUCGGCUCCAACCCCGCCGACAAGAACAUCCUGACAACGUGUUACAAUAAAAUCACAGACAACAAGGUCUCCACCUGUGCAGCUCUCUGGCGCAUCCCGUCGGACGCCGACCCGGCCGAUCAAGACCCAGAGAUUCAGGACGACUCCACCACCUAUGCCAGGCCCCUGGAGGUGCUGUGCCGCUUUGACAACAGCGACAUUGGCAAUGUGAUCAGUGUUUUGUGGGAACCCCAGGGGAACGGAAGCAAAGCUCUCUCCGUAUCAGACAACCACCUGACGAAGUGGGAUUUGGAGGCCAGCGACAGUGAGGCUAAGGUUUCCAGCUCUGUUGCCCUGGAGAGCAAAGGUCAUCCAAAGUUCACCGCAGGUCGAUGGAACCCGCACCACAACAACACCCAGGCAGCUACAGCCAAUGACACCACCAUACGGGGCUGGGACCUCCGAACAAUGAAACAGUGCUAUACAAUUGAGAAUGCCCAUGGCCAACUCGUGCGGGACCUGGACUUCAACCCAAACAAGCAGUACUACCUAGCCAGCUGCGGAGACGACUGCAAAGUCAAAUUCUGGGAUGUCCGGAAGACGGAGUCCCCUGUACUGACACUCACCGAUCAUUCCCACUGGGUAUGGAGUGUGAGGUACAACCAGUUCCAUGAUCAGCUAGUCUUGUCCUCCAGCAGUGACAGCAGGGUCAUCUUGACCAAUGCUACCUCCAUCUCCUCUGAGCCCUUUGGCCAUCUGGAUGAAGAUGAUGAUGACAGUGAGAAAGAGGAAGACGCAGAGACAAAGCCCAAAGAGCCAAUCAAGGAUGGGCUAAUCGCCAACUACGAGGAACAUGAGGAUAGUGUGUAUGCCGCAGAGUGGUCUACGGUCGACCCCUGGCUCUUCGCCUCACUCAGUUACGACGGCCGACUGGUCAUCAACAGGGUCCCCAAGGCCGAGAAAUACAAAAUUUUGUUAUGAAUGGAGCUUACUUAUGAUACAUGUGACGAGGUGACAAUUCUGUUGGCUCUCUGCACUGUAAACCCAGUGGAGUCUUGUUUGGUAGACGCAGGGACCGAACGUCUGUUGGAGGAUAGUUAUUGUGGGGACACAAAAGGUUGUGACGACACACCAAAGUUCUAACAGAGAGAGACCUAAACAGUAAACAGAAUCACUCUCCCACGACAUGGUUCAGCCUCACUUUGUGUUAUCUGAAGUUUGUAUGAUCCGCGAAUAUCGCUGUCCAUUCCUUGGUGGCCGUCCAUUCCUGAUUGUUGACUGAUAUGUGAACCAGUGAAUGGUUGAAUUGGUUAUUGGUACCAUGUUCUAUUUGUUUGGCACCCCAAUCUACAGUCCACAAAACCUCUGUGCUCUCCCCUGUUGCACAGUGCCGGAUUGGGAUUAAAUCCCUAAAAAUUUAAAAUGUCAACCUCAUCAGCUUUUGGAAGAGGGACAUUCUUGAAUGGAGGUUAAUGUUGGUCAAGAAAGGGAUAGCCCCGCCCCCCACCCUCACCCCCAAACACCAGCCAGGUGUGCAGAGAUUGUUACAUUCGACUUAACUGCUGAUAUUGCAACAAGCUGGUUUCCCCUCUAACAUUUUCCCAAAGAACCUCACCCAGUUUCAGUUAACAGAAAAUGCUGUCUUGUGCCCGCCUGCAUCUAUCUUUAUUCUUCUUGUACCACCUGAUGGGAACCUGCCGUGGACUCUUUAGGUGAUAAUAAAGAUGAUACAUAAUGCUGACUGUCCCUGUGGCUCACUUGAUGGCAUAUAAUUAUAUUAUUGUUGCUAUGUAAAAAGUGCUUGUUGAUAUUGAAUGUAUGCAAAUGAAACAUUCCUAAUAAAUUGAUGAAUUACAUGAAACAGUUUA